AUGUCUGCCAUCUAUAAGCUUUCCAUACAGGGCAUCAGAUCAUUUGACUCUAACGAACGUGAGACAAUCGAGUUUGGAAAACCGCUGACACUGAUCGUGGGCACAAAUGGGUCUGGUAAAACAACCAUUAUUGAAUGCCUAAAGUACGCUACAACUGGGGAUCUUCCACCUAAUAGUAAGGGUGGUGCUUUCAUUCAUGACCCAAAAAUCACAGGAGAGAAAGAUGUCCGGGCCCAGGUAAAGCUGGCCUUCAUGAGCCCGAACGACGUGAACAUGAUCGUGACCAGGAAUAUCCAGCUCCUGGUAAAAAAGACUACAAAUACUUUCAAAACAUUGGAGGGUCAGCUUGUGGCGAUUAACAGAGGGGAGAGGACCACACUUAGCAGUCGAGCGGCAGAGCUUGACACCCAAGUUCCCCUUUACAUGGGAGUACCUAAAGCCAUUCUCGACUAUGUGGUGUUUUGCCAUCAAGAAGACAGCUUAUGGCCUCUUAGUGAGCCCUCGAAUUUGAAGAAACGUUUUGAUGAGAUUUUCCAAGCCAUGAAAUACACGAAAGCCCUCGACAACUUGAAGGCCAUUAAAAAAGAUAUGUCCGUGGAAAGUAAACUUCUGAAACAAUCUGUCGAACACCUGAAGGUCGAUAGGGAUCGCAGUCGCGCUACCAAGAUAAACAUCUCAACCUUGGAAAAAAGGAUAGAUGAGUAUAAAGAGCAAGCUCGUCAAGCGGAGGAACAGUUAGAUGAAAUAACCGAGCAAUCUGAUAAGCUCUUUAAAUCUAACCAAGAAUUUCAGGAAGUUCUUAGUAAGAUGGAUGGUUUGAAACAUAGUAAAAAUUCGCUGGAGGAGCAAAUUAAUAGACUAGAGGGUAGUACUGAAGUUCUUAAUCUUCCGAAAGUUGAACUUGAGAGGCUGGUCGCCAAUUUCUCCUCUACGCUUGAAGAGAAGCAGGGCCAAAUUAAAGAACUUGAGGAUAUCCUCGUCACUAAGCGACAUGUUUUGGAACAAACCCGAGAGCAAUAUAACACCCUAAUCUCUCAACAAGGAGAGCUGAACGCUAGGAAAUCUACGCAUGAAGAUCAUAUCAAAGAGCUCAGCACCCUCAAAGCUGAGCUUCGCGAAAAAGACGGCCUGUCCGGCGCUGAUAUUCUCACGGAUUUAGAGAGCAAAGUUCUGUCUUCUAAUUCUCAUUUUGAUCUGAUAACAGCACAGAAUAAACAGUGCAUAGAAAGGUUAAGAAACCAAAUAUCUGAGUUGCAAAGCACUCGCGCAAAGCAAGAGCAACACCUUAUUUAUUGCGGCAAUGACAAAAACAAGUUAGCUAGCGAGAUUGACUCCUUAGAGUCAAAGCUCAAAGCGAUGUCCAAUUUAGAGGAAGAUCUCGCAAAAGAAGAAGAUAAAAUGAACAACUUCAAAACACGUUUGGAUACUCAUGAAAGCGAAGAUGAAAUCAAUUCUAUAGGAUUUCAAAUUAAAGAAAAAAACUCAAGCAUCCUUUUAAUGGAAGAUGAAUUAGAGAAAAAUCAGCGUGAGCUUUUGAAAGUGAAUGAACAAGCGGAUUUGAGCGCAAAAUACUCUCUAAUACAACAGUCUCUUGACAAAAAAAGAGUUGAAGUUGACGAUCUAGUUUCUAAAGUGACAGCUGAUAAAAGAGCACAAGAAUGGAACUUGUGGUCUCAAUCUGAUUCCGAAUUCGAGUUCAGAAAAGCACAUAUAAGUCUUCAGAAGGAAUACGCGCUGCUGACACAAGAAAAUAACAAGAUCACGAAGGGCCUUGCGGAGAAAGAGUUUCUAUUGGCCCAGUUAAGGCGUGAAAAAGAUGCAAAUGAUGAAAAGCUAGUUAUGCUGGACAAGAAAAUUACUGAAGGGUUGCCUGAAGAUUGUUCAAUUGAGGAUUACAUUACUAUUAUGGAGGAAACUGAAGAAUCUUACAGAGUAGCUGUAGAGAAUUUGAAAAUGCAUAAGACAACAUUAGAGUUCAACCUCAAAGCCCUCGAAGUUGCGAAGGAAAAUAAUUGUUGUUAUCUGUGUCAAAGAGAGUUUCAUGACGGAAAAGAGCAAAGUACCCUUUUAAAGGAGCUUCAGUCAAGAACCGACACGAAGUUUGAGGAAACUCUCACAAAGAUUGUUGAGGAAGAGAAAGACUAUCUUGACUCUCUUAGAAGGCUUGAGAGUGAUGUCAGUUCCCUCAAAGUACUGAAAAAAAGUCAAGAAGCACUUACUCUUGAUUAUGAAAAAGUGUCGAAAGAUUUGCAACAGAAGACUUCUGAGGCUGCUGAAAGCGAUGCCAAGGUUCAAAUGGUUAAGAAGGACAUAGAUCACGCUGAACUUGUUCUUCGUCCUCUCGUAGAAAAUCUAUCUCGGGUGACAAGAGAGCUCAAGGCACUAGGAAGCGAGUUUCAAAACAUUUCUGAUGAGGUUCGGCUUCGCAACGGACUCGAUAGUAAUUUCAAAACUGUUGAAGAGUUACAAGCAGCCCAAAAACAGCUAAACGACUCCCUCAGGGACGCAAGAAAGGAGAUAGGACUUCUCCAAGAAGCGAAAGAAAUGAAAUCAAGAGAGUAUAAUAACCUUCUAGGACUUAUAAGAGAGAAGUCCUUUAAAGUUGAUGAGCUGAAGAAACAACUGAGAGACAGAGAAAACAUUACUAGCACAAUAAAGGACAGGAAAAGUGCUAUAUCUCAGACGGAUACUAUUAUCCAAACAGUAACAUCAACGUUGACUGAUUUGUCUGUGAGUAUCAAUGAAGCAAAAAACAAACUCUCUUUAGUUAGUGAUAAAGCAAAUACUGAGGAAGUUAGAGUGAAGGGGGAACUGGAUAGUCUGAGAUCAAAGCGUGAUCGCUACGCCAUGCUGUGGUCGCACAUUAGGGACUUUGAAGACAAGUACUCUCCACAGCUUGAAAACUGUAAAAACGACAUCGAGUUGAGCAGAAAAAUGAUUCAUUCCCUUAAAGACGAAGUAGAGACCUUAGACAACAGAAUGCGAGAACAGAGUCAAAAAGUCAAGGAUUCGGCCAAUGAACAGAAAAACCUUAGACUCAACAUUGACUUAAUUAACCUGAAGCUAAAACUCGUCAAAGUUGAAAAGGACUUGAGGGAUCUUCAUGUGCAAAACGCAGAAGCCCAACGAGACAAGUACCAGCAAGAAUCAACACGUUUAAGGGCCCUGUUUGAGAAGCUCUCGUCUGACAAUGCAGGCAGAAUGGGCGAAAUAAAGCAGCUUCAGAAUCAGAUUCGCUCCCUGCUCAAUCAGCUAAACACCGAUUACAAAGAUGUCGAUAGCAUUUAUCAAAAAGAGUGGGUUCAACUUCAAACCAAAACGCUUGUGACCGACGAUAUUGAUGUUUAUUCAAAAGCCCUUGACAGUGCUAUCAUGAAGUACCAUUCGCUAAAAAUGCACGAUAUCAACAGGAUUAUAGACGAGCUUUGGAAAAGGACAUAUAGUGGAACAGACGUUGAUACAAUAAAGAUAAAGUCUGACGAAGUGACAACAUCCGCGAGAGGAAAAUCGUAUAACUACCGAGUUGUGAUGUACAAACAGGAUGCUGAAUUAGACAUGCGCGGAAGGUGUUCAGCUGGACAAAAGGUUUUGGCUUCUAUCAUUAUCAGACUCGCGCUGUCAGAAACGUUUGGGGUUAAUUGCGGUGUUAUUGCCCUAGAUGAGCCAACAACGAACCUUGAUGAGGAAAACAUCGAGAGUUUGGCAAAGUCCCUUAACAACAUCAUUGAGUUCCGGAGACACCAAAAAAAUUUCCAGUUAAUAGUGAUUACUCAUGAUGAGAAGUUUCUGCGGUACAUGGGCGCAGCUGACUUCACUGAUCAUUUCUAUAAAGUUAAGAGAGACGACCGCCAAAAGUCUCAAAUUGAGUGGGUUAAUAUAAACAAGGUUACAGAUUAG